UGCGUUAGUUUGUGAUAAACGGAGUAAAGACCGUGAACUCAGAUCCGCUUCAUAAUAAUGUAGAAAAGGAUUUGUGAUACUUUAACACAAUGCUGAGUGGUAAAUCUACACACACUGACGCACCAUGACCAACUUUUCCUACAUCUGCACCGUGUGGAUCAGCGUCUGUGUGUACCUCCUCUCUGCAGAACCUGAGAUCAGUGUAUCUGGCCCAGUGGGUUCUACAGCUGUCCUGCCGUGUCAACUGACGAGUGUAGACACUGACAGACUGUAUAUUAGAUGGAAAAUCGAAUCUGAGUUUGUGUUUGAGCGACUGGAUGUGGAGUCGUAUCAGGGUGAGGGAUAUGAGGGUCGUGUGGACGUUCCUGUGGAGGAGCUGCGUAAGGGGAACUGUUCACUGGUGUUACACAAUCUGACAUUUACUGAUACAGGAGUCUACACCAGCUACCAGACAGUGAGACACACCAAGAGAUCUGUCCGUGUUAGGAGAGGAACAGUCCUGAUCAACAGUGUUAAUCUCUCAGUCUAUGUUUCCCCUCCUGAAGAAACAGACAGCAGUAUUUCAUCAGCUCCCACUGUAAUGAAGAGUCCUCACCCACUGAUCCUGGUCCUGUCCCUCGUCUCAUGUUUACUGCACUGAGUUUAUGUCCCUGACACACAGUUAGUUGGACCUGAUGAAGAAUUCUGGAGAAGUGAAGCAUCUUGAAGAACUUUAUACAAGUCGAGUCGUCACUGUACAGCACCUCUGUGAUCAUUGUGAGGAUUGAGAAUCUCCACAGAUGGUCAUAAUUACAGGGGUUUCUGUGUUUCUGUAUUAAAUGAUGUUAUAGUGGUGUUUGUUAUUAAGGUUAAAGUCGUCUGUCAGCAGGUCACAGCCAGUAGAUUACUGAACUAAAGUCUUAUUUAUUAAGUGUUAAAGCACAGUUUGUUCUGCUGUUAUAGUGAAAUAAUGAGGGACGUGAAGAUUAUUUUCCUGUAACAGUAUAUUGUGGUUUGACGUUUUGAAAGUUGUGUAGUGUAGAGUGAACUCAGCAUUAGUGAAACUGGACUUUCUUCCAGAACUGAACUUGAACAGGAUUUUGUUCUGGAGGAACCAGUUUGUUCUUCUCACAGCGUGGUGUAUCAAAUGAUCCAAACAUCUGCACUUUACUCUGAGUUAAGCUGGUGUUACACUGCACAGUUACAGCAGAUCUUUAUUAUCAUUAACUCAUUAUUAUUCUGUAUGUGACAUUUUGCUUGUUUCUGACUUUGGUUCUGCAGGCGAGUUGGACCGGGUGGAGAAAAGUGUCAGGUGUGUUAAGUAUCAGUGAGAAUGAAAGGAAAGGUGUUCAGGACAGUGGUGAGACCAGCGAUGCUCUACAGCUUAGAGACAGUGGCACUGAAGAAAAGAUGUUGAGGUUCUCCUUGGGAGUGACAAGGAUGGAUAGGAUCAAGAAUGAGUUCAUCAGAGGGACAACCCACGUUAGAUGCUUUGGAGAUAAAGUCAGAGAGGCCAGAUUGAGGUGGUUUGGACAUGUUCAGAGGAGAGAUUGUGAAUAUAUCGGUAGAAGGAUGCUGAGGUUGGAACUGCCAGGCAGGAGGUCUAGAGGAAGACCAAAGAGGAAUUUUAUGGAUGCAGUGAGAGAGGACAUGAAGUUAGUUGGUGUGAGAGAAGAGGAUGCAGAGGAUAGGGUUAGAUGGAGGCAAAUGAUUCGCUGUGGCGACCCCUGAAAGGGAACAGCCGAAAGACAAAGAAGAUUUUUGUUAUUAGAUACAGUAAAUAGUGUAUAGAUAGUGUAUGUAGUGUAUAGGGGUCAGGGAUAGCUAAGUGAUUAAGGCAUUGGACUAUGGGUCUGAAGGUCUUGCGUUCAAAUCCCAUGACAACCAAAUUGUCCCUGUUGGGCCCUUAAGCUUCAACUGCUCAGACAUAUAAUGAUGAAUAAUAAUUACAGAUAGUGUAUAAUGAGAUAAAGAUAAUGUAAGUCACUCUGGUGGAUAAGGGUCUGUCAAAUGCCUAAAUGUACAGAUAGUGUAUAUAGUGUAUGACCUGUAAAUACUGGUUAUCAGGACGUCACUGCUGUUUGCUUCAUCUCCUUUUCCUCUUGGUCUUUGGUUAGAUUGGCAUUAAGGGAAGAGAGUAUAUUCUUGUUCCUUUUCUUUUCUUCCCUUUCCCAUCAUCACAUCCCCAGUGAGCGUGUCACAUUAAACAUUCUUACAGCACUGCUCUCUUCUCCUGAUCAAUGAUUCUUCUUCAUUAUACACAGUGUAACACAAAACUGAGCUGGAAAUUGUAGAGUGUAAAUCCAGUCUCUUGAAGUGUGUGUGGUAGAGCAGUGAGACUAAAAUAUACAGGCCAGUGGACUCCAGGACUAGGGUUAAGACCUGCUCAUCUAAAGGGAUGUGGUGCCAUCUAGUGGUGGAAAAGAGAACAAAUAGAACUGGCCUUUAAAGAUUAUGGACAAAGAUCAGCUCUUUAGUGUUCAUUCUCAACACCAACCUUCUUCUUUAUUUUGGUUUUCAUUUGUAAUAAAGAUUAUAAUUGAGAAGUUUGAGUGUUCUCGCUUAUCCACAACACUACAUGUGAGAUAUGAGGAAUUCCCAAUAACAAUAACACAAUGCAAAGACUUCUAUCAUAAACACUGCUGUCCAGUCAU